CCCUCCCCGCCCCGCACCCCGCGGCUUCUCCAGCCUAAACGCGCCUUCAAGCCGAUCCCGCGAUCGGCCACAUCGACAGCGGAGUCGCGGCGCACGCUGUUCCUCAAGAAGGUACAGAGCGCGCGCGAGGAGGCGGCGUGGCAGGCGCGCGGCGGACAGGACGAGAUCAUGCGCAUGAUCUUUGUGGCCGAGCAGAAGCGCUGGAGGGCGAGUCAGGAGAAAGCGGCGGGGAGGAUUGCGACUAUUAGGGAGGAGGAGGAGGAUGACGAGGGGGAGCGGGGGGAGGAGUUACCUGAGGAGGAGGAGGAGUUAACAGUUGCGCAACAUGAUGGCGAUGGGCACAACGACUUUGAAGAGUUCCUCGAUCGCGAUGGGAGGGAGCUGGAGAAGCUGCUCUCGUCUAUGGAUUUGGAUCUGGACCAGAAGAUG